CUGCCCGCCACUCACCGAAGCCAGACGAAGAUCCCGACCCGACCCUCGGCUUGGUUUACGGAUGUGCUCCAACUGCCCGAGGGAUUAAGUUGUAUCCGUUAAAUCUAGUAUUCUGCGAAAUAAAGCUGUAGUUAAUUUUAUGGAUUUCGAGUUGAUCUCUCGCAGGUUUGUGCUAUGGAUUCGGGUGGGUCAUUAAUUUACCAUCUGAAUCUAUCGUAAUCCAAAUUUUAACUGAUGGAGUCUAUGAACUAUAACGCUGACAAUAAAUAUAUAAUUUAUGAGUUAGCCAAUUUCUUCAUUUUGUAGAAAAUAUGUUUAAACUGGGUAAUGAAAUUCAGUACUGAGUGCGUGAUCUAUUUUUAAAUGUUUUUUUAAAAAAUAAUAGGAAUUAAUGAUUACACUCCAGUGGAAAACAAACAACAAAACUGUGAAAGAGCCGAAGAAGGCUCUUAGCCGAAACGUUCUCGUUUUAUCGCCCAGUCACAAUAUUUCAAUCUUCUACAUACCGUGUUCCACCAUUUCCUUCACACAGCUUGAAUGAACGCAGUCCUUCAUGAACGCAGUCCUUCAUGAACGCAGUCCUUCAUGAACGCAGUCCCUUCAUGAACGCAGUCCCUUCAUGAACGCAGUCCUUCAUUUAAUCCCUCUGAAUUGAAUUGUUUGCGAAUUAUAAAGUAAUAGUAAGACCUUUUAAAAUGAUGAGCGGGGCGUAGCGUGGUCGUAACGGAGAGGGGGCGUGGCAGCAGUCGUUAGCUGCCUUGGUCGCUGGAAGGGUGCGCUAAAGAAAACGGACCAAGUUCAAAAUGAUUGAUCAAAUAAUUUUACCCCGAAAAUUUCCUUUACCGUAAUAACGAAUAUAAAAUAUCAAAACAUUUAAUUCCACAUAAGAUUUAUUCAGUUGGAAGUUUAUUUAAAAAACAAAACAAACAACAAACAAACAAACAAAACACAAACAACAAGAAAUAACUGAAAGAAUGAUUUUUCUCGACAGAAAUGUAAACAUCACAACCUGAUUUAGUGAUGUUUUUUUUAUGUGUAAAAAGAAGAAGAAAGUGUGUGACUGACUCCACAGUCGCACAUGGUCGAUAUCCCCCUAGUAGGCCCUAUACACAGUACCAAUAUUUAUAUUCUUUCACUUCCUGAAAUCCUACUUCCGGCAACAAGAAUAAGAAGGAAAUCUCUUUAGUUUUUUUUUUACUGUGAUCUGCAACAUGCUAUUCUUCUUUUUGUCUUGUUUUCUGAUGAAGGCACUUAGCCGAAACGUCCACCUUUUGUCCUGUCAAUGAAUUCAAGUUGACCACCACACCUUGUUCUUAGAUUUCAUGGAAUGAUGAACUCGUGAAACUUUUAGGCAACAGCUGUAGUAGUAGAAUACACGUACCCCAUCUCAAACCCCCGUUUCUUGGUGAUUUGAGACCCUGCAUGAUGCAGCUUUUGUACCCCUUUUGUCUGCGGCUCUUUUUUCAGGGGCCCUUUUAUCGGGGGGGGGGGGGGGGCUGGCUAAUUGACUGGGGCCGUUAACCACGUUCGGUUUUGACGGCGGAACGGAGGCGAAAAGUAGGCCACGGGGGGGGGGGGGAGGGGUGGGAGCGCACCGGGCGGGGGUUGGUGAUAGCAUAUGGCUGGGGGAGCCGUUAACCACGUUCGGUUUUGACGGCGGAACGGAGGCGAAAAGUAGGCCACGAGAGGGGGGGGAGGGGUGUGAGCGCACCUGGUGUGUGUUGGUGAUAUCAUAUGGCUGGGGGAGAGCUUCCUUAUUUUUUUAACGCGUUUAAACUUUAAAAAAAGAAGAAAAAAAAACAUGGCCCGUUUAACAAUGCUACUUUUUAGUUAGAGUAGAGCACCGCCAAUGUGUAUCAGCGAUAGAUGCGGGACGGAAGUGGGGAGGGGUGUGUGUAGCGCCGUGGGAGGCACUUUUUUUUCUUUAUGAGGGGUGUCAUUUCAUCUAAAGUUUUUUUUUUUGGGGCGGGGGGUGGGGGGAGCGGUUAAAAAUCUUGGCCUGCCACGGUGGCAAUAAAUUUAGGUACCGUACGCCACUGCUCAUUCGAUGUAUUUCCAGAGCUGAGGAAUGCUGAAAUCACCGCUACACGUAAGCGGUAUUACCAGCCACAGUGACACGCCGUGUCAGGAUAACAAAAGAACUGGGGUGCAUUGAUUAAAGUCGUACCCAAUCCCAGCGUGACGUUGUCUUGCCUUGUCAACAUAGAGUCACGUGAAUCAGGGUUAAAAUUAGCUCCCAUUCAUGGCGUGACCUCAUAAGAGUGACAACGCGCCGUUUAUGGCAAGAACGGAAUCAUGUAUAUAAACAAAGAAUUCUUAAAAUGAAAAUUUCAACAGGUCAGUAUCAUGUGCAGUGGCGUAGGAAAGGGGGGGGGGGACUUUUUUCUUAUGGUGGCAUUUUGUUGGCCUCUUCUGACCGGAACUAGCCCUAGCUACGCCACUGAGCAUGUGUAAUAAUUAUUUUCCAAGUUAUGCCAAGUUAUACCAUCUUACAGCAAACUGAGUUAUACCAUCCUAUGUUAUGCCAAGUUGUACCAUCCUACUUUAUGCCAAGUUAUACCAUCCUACAUUAUGCCAAGUUAUACCAUCCUACAUUAUGCCAAGUUAUACCAUCCUAUGUUUUGCCAAGUUAUACCAUCCUAUGCUAUGCCAAGUUAUACCAUCCUACGUUAUGCCAAGUUAUACCAUCCUAUGCUAUGCCAAGUUAUACCAUCCUACGUUAUGCCAAGUUAUACCAUCCUAUGCUAUGCCAAGUUAUACCAUCCUAUGCUAUGCCAAGUUAUACCAUCCUACGUUAUGCCAAGUUAUACCAUCCUAUGCUAUGCCAAGUUAUACCAUCCUACGUUAUGCCAAGUUAUACCAUCCUAUGCUAUGCCAAGUUAUACCAUCCUAUGCUAUGCCAAGUUAUACCAUCCUAUUUUAUACCAAGUUAUACCAUCCUAUGUUAUGCCAAGUAAUAACCAACCUAUGUUAUGCCAAGUUAUACCAUCCUAUGUUAUGCCAAGUUAUACCAUCCUAUGUUACGCCAAGUUAUACCAUCUACAUUAUGCCAAGUUAUACCAUCCUAUGUUAUGCCAAGUUGUACCAUCCUAUGUUAUGCCAAGCUAUACCAUCCUAUGUUAUUCCAAGUUGUACCAUCCUAUGUUAUGCCAAGUUAUGCAAAGUUAUACCAUCUUAUGCUAUGCCAAGUUGUACCAUCCUACAUUAUGCCAAGUUAUACCAUCCUACAUUACGCCAAGUUAUACCAUUCUAUGUUAUGCCAAGUUAUACCAUCUUAUGUUAUGCCAAGUUAUACCAUCCUAUGUUAUGCCAAGUUGUACCAUCCUAUGUUAUGCCAAGUUAUACCAUCUUAUGUUAUGCCAAGUUAUACCAUCCUAUGUUAUGCCAAGUUGUACCAUCCUAUGUUAUGCCAAAUAUACCGUCUUCUUAUGUUAUGCCAAGUUGUACCAUCCUAUGUUAUGCUAAGUUAUACGGUCUUGUUAUGCCAAGUUGUAGCAAAAUAGUUAUUAUAGCCAGCUGAUUUUUGGGGGGCAAUAAGAGAUAUGAGAAAGCUAGGGAAGGAGAUGGUAACAUAGAGAGAUGAGGAUUGUAAGGGUUAAGUCAAGUGAUUAUCAAAGUUGUUAUGGCGGAGAUUGUAGCGGUUUGGGUAGAAAGGAUAAGUGUUAGUGUUAGCAUGAUUGAGGAGGGUAUCGUGGAAAAAGGACAUGUAUGGCUUGGGUCAAAGUGUACGGGCUGAGAGGACAAGAGGGUCUAGGGGAAGCGAAAACGAUGGGAUUAAAAUGGCAUUGGUCAGAGGGAGACCAAGAUCAAGAUCAAAGAUUGUCACAAAUCCUUUUUAUGUUCUUUAAGGCAAUAUGGCCAAGUGAAAUUGUAUCUAGCCUCAAUGAUAGCUUGCAUUUUAUUUAUUUCUUGUCUACAUAGUAAGAUAUAUUAAAAAAAUAUUUACCCUCAUAUUAGUUGCUUUAUUGUUGACUGCAAGCUCAUAUUAAAAAUGUACUGCUAUUACUGAUUGCAACAAAUUAAUUUAAUCGUUCCAGAUUCCCAAGAGGAAUGCCCCAUACACUGGUGCUUUUGUCUCCUUUGGCCAAACGUGGAGGGAAUUACUGCACAAUUAAAAGGCUGAGGUAAAAGAUGUUUUCAGAAAUCUGUCAACAAAACUUUAAUAAAAAAAUAUUGCUAAAUAUACUAAAGAAAUUGCCGAUCAAAACUGGAAUGGACGGCAUGGAAUAAAAAAAAACGUUCAGGGUGUCCUCAAAUGCAAAGAAUGCAGGGUGCAAACACUUUUGACACAUUAAAAGUAAGCAUUGGUGUUAAAAAAAAAUUAUUUUAUUUAUACCAUCAUUGUAAUGACCCUCCUCAGAAACCACUUGAAAAGUCAUGGCUACAUGUGUCACUUGGAAGACCCCAAGCUGUUCAGGAGCCGCAGGGAGUUCUCCACUGUUGUGGAUAAGGACAAUAUUGGAGUCCUGAUUGGCAUACAUGCUCUCAGGACAGGACCGUUCAUGAAAGGUUGGUCCGAUGUAAGAAUCUUAGAUGAUACAAUAAAGCAUCACAAGUGGGACCUUUUCUCUGUGGGUCCAAGCAUAAGAUGAUACCUGGACAUCAUUUGGCAGACAGCUCAUAUUGCCAAGUUAGACUGUAUAUAAAUAUAUACUAUUUACUAUGCUAACUGACCGUAAUCUUACUGUUUGAAUGACAGUUGGCAAAAUAAAUCCAGAAAAAAAAAAUGUAACAGUUCUAACCAAUUGUGUAUUUUUCCACAGACAGCAACAUGCCAUACAUUUUGAUUCUUGGGGGCACAGACAUCAAUGAGUUCAGCAAGGAUCCUGAUGCCCUGCACAUCAUGACAGAGGUUAUUAUGAAGGCAAAGUGAGAGUUCAUUUUCCAAUAGCCUCUCAUUGGGUUAUGAUUGUUUAACUUUGCCUGGUGUUGUCUCCCUUGCCAGGAAAGAUAUUAAAUGUACAUUUUUAGAAAAUUUAUCGUCCAUUUAUUUCCUUUCAUUUGGGAAUGAACACUCAGGAACACUGUUUGCAUGAUUUUUUUAAAAAAAGAAUAGUUUUUCAUACUUGAUUUGAUACUGCUGUUAAAAAAAUUAAUGGUAUUUUAAUGGGGACACAAUUUUAAAAAAAAAUUGUUUUGAUUAUUUACCAAGUACCUAUAAUAUGUCGUUAGCUAAAAGGGGGACAUUGAGUUGCAAAACCAAUUUUAUGAUUUGAAGAGCCCCACAAGCAACUCUGAAUACAUACAGUUUUCAUUAUAACUUGAAAACUAAAAAUAUAAAUAGAUUGAAUUCCCUAUACUAUAUUAUUAUUUAUUUUAUAGUUAUGUUUAAGAUAAAAACUGUACAAAAGAGGCGCUUUAUUUUCAAAGUAUAUUUCUAUUGCUUUGAACAAUAUGAUAAUUUUAGCUGUUCUGUCAUAAUUUAAAAAAAUAUUUUUUGCUGUUGCUAAAAGUGUUUCUACAUUUCCCUUUUUAAAAAAAAAAAAUCCAGAUUUGUGGUAUGUUUUAGUACCAUCAUACGGGACAAGGCCAUCACGCUGUGGCCUAGGGUCUGCCUGUCCAAACUUGUCCUCAUUCCUCAAGGUCAGUUAAUUUUAGUUUUGUCAUGGGUUACUCCUUACUACACUGUAAGCAAGUCUUGAGGAUUGGGAAAGUAGAUCAGUGUCAUGAAGCUAUUUAAUAUUGAACAGCUAAAGUCAAUGGACUCUCUGUGACACUAUUUCUUUGAUUUUUUUUACUCAAUCAAAUUUUAAUUAGAGAUUAUGUUAAUGUUGUCAUCUGAUGUGUGCCAGAAUAAAUAAAUUAAAGAUUUAUUGAUAAGGUAUUUUUUUUACCCAAGAUAUUUAUUCAAAGACUUCCUCCUUAUUUUUCUAUGAUCAGCUGUGCACAUCAACAUGUCCAGUUUCAAUUUGAUGAUGUACCUGAGCGGCCGCCCAGAAGUCAGCUGUUUGACCUCCUCACACCAAAGACCUAUUGUUUUUGUGUUUGUGGGAGGCAUACGGCCUGUGAAAAACCCAGUGUACCUGGUGCCUACAUUUCAAGGUAACACUUUACAUGACAAUAUUUAGUGGUGCCCUCAGAGUUUAAAAAAAAAAUCCAUUUUCAUGUCUCCAAAAAUAUGUAGUAUGACAAUGUAACACAUAAACAAAACCUGCCAAGUGUUGCCAGUUUGUGCCCUUCUAAAAUUCCCCUCCCAUGGAACACUACUGAAUUUUAAAAAACAUUGCUUUAUAGAUAUAAAUUAAUUAAUAUUACAAUACACAUUUUGCUUUGAUGUUAUUUUUUGGUGUUCUUUAAGCUUUGUGUAAGCAACCAAGUGUGAGGGUACCACUGAAAUGAUAUUAUUAAUUAAAAAAAAAAAAGUCUACUGUAUAAAUUAAAAGAAAUUUAUGGUAAAAAUUGCUUUAACUUAGGGAUUCCUAUAAUAAAAGCAUGAGCGUGUAAGUAUUUUUUUUAUAACAUUUUAUGUUCACACACAGCAUCAAAACAUAGCAUUUUGAUAAGUUUAAAUUCUUUACUGUAUUGAUCAGAACUUUUAAAUGAAGAUGAUCUAGUUUCUUUAAAGUCAGAUUGUCAUCAAAUUUUGAGUUUUUACACUGAAAAAAAAAAGUGAGAAGGGGGGGGGGGAAUUUUAAGGGAAAAGAUUAUUUUUUUUAUAACAUUUUAUGUUCACACACAGCAUCAAAACAUAGCAUUUUGAUAAGUUUAAAUUCUUUACUUUAUUGAUCAGAACUUUUAAAUGAAGAUGAUCUAGUUUCUUUAAAGUCAGAUUGUCAUCAAAUUUUGAGUUUUUACACUGAAAAAAAAAAGUGAGAAGGGGGGGGGGAAUUUUAAGGGAUAAGAUUUACAGAUCUCAUCAUACAUGGAUAUGGCUGUGUAAGGCUUUUGUCAAACAAAAAGAUAACGGUGGACAUUAUAGGUGGGUCACAUUGUUUGUUGUAAUAUACAUAAUAGUUUUAUUUAAACUAUGUUUAUUUAACCACGCAGUAACAUUUUCAUUGCAGAUAAUGAUUUAGAAAAAAUUUUUUUACACAUUACUUGACAAAGGUCCUCAGCGUUAACAUGCAUUUUGUAUUAAAAACAUUGUUGCAAAACAAUGAAACUUAUUGCCAUUGCAAAAAUAAUUUAUUGAUGAAAGUGGGGGUUAAAUAAAAAAGGGUUUUAUUCCAAUUUUCCAUAUAAACCGCAAAGGCAUGACGGAUGGAAAGAUAUAUAGAACUGUGAGUUACUGACAGGUUUGUUGUAGUCUAAAGAGCUAAAUGUUGAAAUCAAUUAAUAUUUUUCAGAUUGGCACGAAAGGGACAAGAGAGUUAUACUUCUCAUUGUGGGACCAAAGGUGAAUAAUGUUUAAAAUUGACUGAGUCUCACGCCGAGACUCAUCUUUGUGGCUAAAAAUUGUAGACGUGUUGUACGACACACAACAGUGAUUAGAUUUAAGCCAUUUCAUAUCUUCUACAACUUUGUUAUGUUUCCCCUCUUUCCUUUUGGAUAUUUGAAUAAACCACAUGUCAACAGAUGUGGCUAAUGUUAGACUUUUAUUUGUAUUUUAUCCCUUUGAAAAAAAUUUCUCACUUUUUUUUUUUAAUCAUUCAAAAAAUUCUAAGAAUUCUAAGAAGAAAAGUAAUAUUUGUCUUUUCAGUUGGAUGAAAAUUAUUGUUCUCGAGUAUUUGAGCCUGCCAUCAACAAGUAAGUCUCUUUUCACCUGAUAAGUUUAGCAAUAGAAGUAAUGAUGCAUUUAUUUGCAAGUCACUGUGUUGUUGAAUUUAAUAAAAAAAUUGCUUAUCCAGAUUUUGUCUUAACUUUUUUUAUCCAAAUGUGUUUGCAGAAUGAGAAUCUCCCAAAACAUUAACUUUGUCCAAUUAAAAUUAAAAAAAAACAAAAAACCAUAGAAUAUUAUAUUUUUUUGCUUAACUAUUUAACCGCACAUCCUUGGUCUGAGCUUAAGUUGACUUUGGAUAGGAACAGUAUGAAGUAGAAAUUCUGAUCUCAGUGUAUUUAACAUUUGUUCUUUUAUACAGGCGACCAGGAAUCGUUUACAUCCCUGGCUUGGCGAUGGAAGAUACGCACGCAAUCAUUGCACAGUCUUUUGCCUUGGUCAAUACUUCAGACAGCGAAGGAAUGUGUUUGGCUAUCCUAGAGGUAGUUGAUGCCUCUGAUGUUUGUUUUUUUUGUGUGUUAAUAACAGUUAGGAUGUUUUUAACUACUGACGGAUAUUAUUUUUUUUUUUACUGACAUGUUUUUAAUAAUUGUAAAGCGCUUAGAGCUUUAAGGUAAGCGCUAUAUAAAAAUGCCUAAAUAAAUAAAUAAAUAUCAUUUUUUUUUAAUUUCUAGUAAUUAAAGUGAUAAUUAAAUUUUGGGGGAAGCAGUGAUUUUAUUUGACCCCAUAUCAUUUCCAUCAACAGACCGUCAACACCUCAUAGCCACCCACCACAAUUCCCCAUACUACGUCUUAAAUACCCCCACACCCAAACUAAGUCUUUUUAAAAUUUUGUUUUGAGGCCUUUUUAACAAAUGAGUUAUGAUUCAAUUUUGCACAUAAAUAUUGUUGAAAUGCCUUUCCAAAUGACUAGACUCCAGGAAAAUUGUCAUUCAUUCCAUAGUUCAACAUUGUUAAAUGCAACAUGGAAAUUUAUUAAAAUUAUAUUUUGCUUUCUUACUUUCUUACCUAUGCCUUCACCCCGCCUGGGGCAUAGGCCGUCUUCAAGAAUUUUCCAUUCAUCUCCGUUGUGUGCUUUUCUUUCCAGUUUCUUCCAGGUGUAUCCCAUACUUUGUGUGUCUGUCUCUAGCUGGCAUCUCCGUGAAUUCUUUGGCAUUCCUCUCCUCCUUUUUCCCUGUGGAUUCUGUGUUCGGUAUUGUCUGGUGAUGCUAUCUGGGGAAUUUACGAAGAGUGUGCCCUAUCCACCUCCAUCUUUUCCUUAUUACGUCUUCAACAAUUGGCUCCUGGUAUGUCCCAUCUAGUAAGUCUUUGUUGGUGAUGAUGUUUGGCCAUUUGAAUAUUUUACUGUACAUAAUUUAAAUGGUGUAAAAUUUUCCUUUAAGGCCAUGCAGAUUGGGGUUCCAGUGCUGGCUAGAAAUAUACCAGGCAACAAGGCAAUUAUCAAAGAUGGCUGUACUGGUUUCUUGUUUGACUCACCGCAGGUAACUACUAACUGAUAGAGCUGGCUUUAGUCUUAAAAUUAAUAGGGAGAUAAAAAAAUUUAUACCAGUGGUUCCCAACCUGUGCUUCUCAGAGGCUUUGGGGCUGCUCAAAGGAAAUAAAAUAACACCAUUAACUUGUAAGACAGCGAUUCUCAACCUGUGGGUCGCGACCCUUUAACGGAUCGCCUAAGACCAUCGGAAAACACAUUUAUGAAGUAGCAACGAACAUAAUUUUAUUGUUUGGGAACACCACAACAUGAGGAACUGUAUUAAAGGUUCGCCGCAUUAGUAAGGUUGACAACCACUGUUGUAAGACAUAGGGUGGGCUUAAGGGACCACCACAUAGAAAUCAAUUCUUAUUAAAACAAUGUUUUUAAGAAACUUGUUCAAAAACACGCUUUUAUUGAAAUGCAUUAAAAAGAACAAAACAAUUUUGAGACACACCAGGAUUUUCUUACAAUGAAUCAUGUCUACAAAAAUAAAAACUGAGGGGUGCCAAAUAUGGAAGAAAAUGCAACAAUAAAAAAACUCUCAACAUUAAAGAGAGACUUUUGCUGAUCACCUUUUAACUUUCACACAAAACGGCAUUCCUAUGCAUUAUCCCGUGCUCUACUGAGCCCUAAUAUAAGGGUUCUGUGUGCACUUCUCAGAAACUCGCGGCCACUCGGGGAAAUAAAAUUAAAGUAAGACCUAGAAUAGGGCUAAGGCCCCCCCACCCCCAUCAUAGAAAUUGAUUCUAAAAAGGGCUCCAAGAGUCAAAAAGGUUGGGAACCAGGGUAUUAAAUUACAUUUGGUUCUCAUUUAUUACAGAAUAACUGCCUUUUCUUUACUUAUCUUUUUACCUUUUUUUUUUUCAUUGCCCCUCAGGGUUUCCUUAAAAAGGCUGAAAGCCUGACACAAAGUGUAGAGGCUUGCCAGAUGAUCACCAGAAAUGCCAAAGACUACGUUAGUCAACAGCACAACUUAGAAUCUGAGAGAAAAGCUUAUGUGGGACUGUUGGAACACUGCAUUCAGGGCAUACUUGCAAAUGCACCAGAGACACCGAAAGGGACGUCAUCCAUCAGUGAGCAGCUGGUGAAUCAAGUCCCUGUCAUGGCGGAUGUCAAUCAUUGACGGCAGCUCUUUUUUAGAAUACAUUUUUAUCUGUGUGAUUAAUUAGUUUAUGUGAAUACUGAAUGUCUAUAAAUAGUAAUUUAUUUGCAAAUCACUGAUCUAUCAAUUUGAAAAUAUGCCAUGAAAUUUAUAUGUAAAAUUGAUAAUGUAAUUUUUAAUACAUUUUUACAUUGAUUUUUUUUUUUAAUCAUUCUUAUUCCCAUCCGAAAAAUUGGUCUUAUUUUUUUCUCUUUUUAAAAAGUUGUAUCUUUUAAACUGCUUAUUUAUUAAUGCUAUGAUGAUGAAUCUCAAAUUUGCUUCUAAAUAUACACUGGCUUUAUUUUUUAAAAGAAAACUACAGCACAAGUAUAAAAAUGUUGGUUGAUUAAGCCCAUUGUGAGCUUAUUUUGUGCUUCUCCAAAUAAUUUUUUUCUAGUCAGCUUUCAGCAUUAUUUAAAUCCAGAAGUUCUCAAACCUGAGAUCUGGCAACUGCACAGUUGCCUUCAUAACAGAUCUAGAACAUUUUUGUUUAAUCUAAAAGUAAUCUUUUUAAGGAUGGACUAAUUGACAUUUGCUGAUGGGGUUUAUGAUUGGGAAAGGUAGAGAACCACUGGUGUGCAGUGUUUCUUUAUUUGUUCCAACUUUAGUUUUAAAAUGUUGAUGCUGUAUUUGUUGUCAUGAAACAACCAAUCAAAACUCAAGUUAGUUCAUUUGUUUAUUUAAUUGAGUGGAAUCUCCUGCUGAGAAGUUUCAUAUUUACGAGAAAGACUUUAUUUGUGCUGUGUCCUAAAAGCAUUUCUACAGAGACAGUGUUAAAUAGGUGUCUCCUAGUUAUUUCUACAGAGACAGUUUCAUAUUUUUGACACCUAGUUAUUUCUACACAGUUUCAUAUUUGUGACACCUAUUUAUUUCUACACUGACAGUGUCAUAUAUGUGACACCUAGUUAUUUCUACACUGACAGUGUCAUAUUUUUAACACCUAGCUAUUUCUACACUGACAAUGUCAUACUUGUGACACCUAGUUAUUUCUACGCAGACAGUGUCAUAUUUGUGACAUCUAGUUAUUUUUACACUGACAGUGUCAUAUUUUUAACACCUAGCUAUUUCUAAAAUGACAGUGUCAUACUUGUGACACCUAGUUAUUUCUACGCAGACAGUGUCAUAUUUGUGACAUCUAGCGAUUUUACACAGAUAGUGUCAUAUUUGUGACACAUAGUUAUUUCUAAACAGACAGUGUCAGAUUUUUUAACAUCUCGCUAUUUCUACACUGACAGAUGAUUCCAGAAAUUAAAUACAUUAACGGUUUUGCCGCACCCAGUAAGAAGGUCGUUUUUAUGAUUUGAACAUUUUUGCAUUCUCAUCCUUACCACUUAAUUAUUUUCAUGUUUAACAAACUAUUAGAAUUUUUUUUUUUUUUCAUAUUUAACUCUUAAGAACUAGAAUAAGGGGAGACAAGUCUGAAAUAAAGCCUUCUGGACCAACUGAUUUUAUGUUACGUUUACAGCUGACAAGGAUUGCCAUUUCACACCAUUAUACAAGUGUGGGCAGGGGUUAUGUUGCUUUGUCAGGUAAUUAACUUCAAAACAUUUUUUUGACUGUUUGGAUGUUAACUAGAAUUUUUACUUGUUUCAAUUUUUAAAAAAAAUUGUACUUGUUAUUUUGUUAUUGCUGAGUCUGCUUUGAACGACACUGCACAUUCAUGAUGUCUUUAUUAUAAAACAAACAAACCUAGGAUGUUACCACAUUUGCGUUGAGAAAUCGCUACUCUUAUUUGAAUAUGCUUUACAUAGAGGGAAUUAUAGGUUGUUUUGUAAUUAUCACAAGCCACCUUUUACUAUGACUUGGAGGGAAAUUUUAAAAAAAAGUGAUGGUUUGGGGAGAGAGCGGGG